AAGAAGCUGAUCGCUAGGGGACAGUGCAAACAGCUACAUCUUCUGUUUGGCCCAGAAUGUGGCCUUUUCAGGAAAACACUCUAUUGUGAUGUUCUUACAAACCUAACCGAGCUAUUUUUUUGUUUUUUGUUUUAACGUAAAUUGUUUUGUUGAACGUGUUCUUUGCAAACUGAUGGCGAUGUUGUAAUAUGAUGCAGCCAUUUGUGACGGUUUGUUGAUCAGGUGAAGCGGACGGAGCCGAGGAGGAGCCUCCGAAGAGGUGCUGCAUGUUUACUUUAUUCCAAACAACUUUUUUAAGUUACUGAACCUGACAACUUCAAACUGGCUGAAAUGGAUGAACAAAGUGUUGAGAGCAUUGCUGAGGUGUUUCGCUGCUUCAUCUGCAUGGAGAAACUGAGGGAUGCACGCCUCUGCCCCCACUGCUCCAAACUCUGCUGCUUCAGCUGCAUUCGGCGAUGGCUGACUGAGCAGAGAGCCCAAUGUCCACAUUGUCGAGCUCCACUGCAGCUGAGGGAACUAGUGAACUGUCGCUGGGCCGAGGAAGUCACUCAGCAGCUAGACACCCUGCAGCUCUGCAGCCUCACCAAACACGAGGACAACGACAAAGACAAAUGUGAAAACCACCAUGAGAAGUUGAGUGUUUUCUGCUGGACCUGUAAGAAAUGCAUCUGCCACCAGUGUGCCCUCUGGGGAGGAAUGCACGGCGGCCACACCUUCAAGCCUUUGGUAGAGAUUUAUGAACAACAUGUUACCAAGGUGAAGGAGGAAGUGGGAAAACUGCGCCGUCGCCUCAUGGAGCUCAUUAGUUUGGUACAGGAAGUGGAGAGAAACGUGGAGGCUGUGAGGGGAGCGAAGGACGAGAGGGUGAGGGAGAUCCGGAAUGCAGUGGAAAUGAUGAUCGCUCGUCUGGACAACCAGCUGAAGAACAAACUCAUCACUCUCAUGGGCCAGAAGACGUCUUUGACCCAGGAGACGGAGCUGCUGGAAUCUCUGCUGCAGGAGGUUGAACAUCAGCUACACUCGUGUAGUAAGAGUGAACUGAUCUCUAAGAGCCCAGAGAUCCUGCUCAUGUUCCAGCAGGUCCAUCGUAAACCCAUGCAGUCGUUCGUCACCACGCCGGUCCCACCGGACUUCACUAGUGAGCUGGUUCCUGCGUAUGAUUCCAGCACUUUUGUUCUCAUCAACUUCAGCACUCUGAGGCAGCGGGCUGACCCAGUUUACAGUCCUCCUCUGCAGAUAUCUGGCCUUUGCUGGAGGCUUAAAGUUUACCCAGAUGGUAACGGUGUUGUCCGUGGAAACUAUCUGUCUGUGUUCCUCGAGCUGUCUGCUGGACUUCCUGAAACCUCAAAAUAUGAGUACCGUGUUGAGAUGGUGCACCAGGCGUCCAGAGACCCGACCAAGAACAUCAUCCGAGAGUUUGCUUCAGACUUCGAGAUUGGUGAAUGUUGGGGCUACAACCGUUUCUUCAGAUUGGACCUGCUGGCCAGCGAGGGCUACUUGAACAUGCAGACCGACACACUGGUCCUUCGCUACCAGGUUCGCUCACCUACAUUUUUCCAGAAGUGCAGAGAUCAGUACUGGUACAUCAGCCAGUUGGAGUCGGCUCAGAGCGGCUACAUACAACAGAUCAACAACCUCAAAGAGAGGCUGGCCAUUGAGUUGUUUCGCCGUCAGACAUCCCGCAGUUCCUCACCCCCCGACCUGAGACUGACUGCAGGCACUGCGGCGUCUGAGAGAGACCCUGGCUCAGUGAAGAGUGAUGACGACGCCCAGACCAUUUUGAGCAACUCAAAGAAAGGAGAAGAGGAGGAGAGAACGCAGCAUGACGACUCAAAUGAACUGUCUGACGGAGACCUGGAGGUUGAUUGCCUCACUGAGGAGGAGGUGAACCCGCUGGAUGGCAGCAGCACCUCAGGAAGCUCCACAGCCACCAGCAACACCGAGGAGAACGACAUAGACGAAGAGACCAUGUCAGGGGAAAAUGAUGUAGACUUUAUGGGAAGCCUGGAGGCAGAAGAAGGAGAGCUUUCUGAAGACCUGGCCGGAGCCACAGGUGGAUUCAGCUCCAGCAUGCUCUCAUCGCAUCGAGGCGUGACUGCAGGUCGUAGUAGCGCCGUGGGCGCAGCUUCUGCUCCUCCCGUUGCGGGUGCUGUUGGGCCAGGCAGCAGCAGCCUUCUGGAAAUCGAUCCAGUCAUCCUGAUCCAGCUGCUGGACCUGAAGGAGCGCAGCAGUGUGGAAUCUCUGUGGGGCCUCCAGCCUCGGCCCCCGGUAUCUCUGCUCCACAGCCAAGCCCAUGCUCACUCCAGAAAAGAGCGGGAGCGGCGGCCACAGGUGGUGCGGCGAUCAGCUCCGGACUCAGGCGUGUUGAUCCGGCUUAAGGCUCAGAUGGCAGAGGUCCGCAGCAAGAUGGCUGACGUCAAGAGUCAAGUUCUGGAGACGCGCGAGUCUGGGGAGCCCAGACCCGGCCCAUCUGGUGGCUUCGGCAUGGAGGAGGCUUCAGCUCAUUCUGCCAGUCCAGAGCUGCCGGCUUGCCACAAGGGCGACGGUCUGGAGCAGGUGGGACGAGCAGCUGCGACCCGAUCCAAGGCCUGCCGACCCACCAGGAAGUCUCUGUCUCCUGUUCUGGACAGCAGCGGAGGAUCUCUGCUUGUGAAAAGGAGGAGCUCCGAGGACAUGAAGGACGACCUCAGAGGAGCAGAGUCCGCUGCAGAGCUCAGCCUGCAUCCUAAAGAUGGAACAGGAGCUGGAGAGGGAGAGCUCCAAUCUGAAGCCACCAGUGGACCCCUUGUGUCUCUGAGCUCCUCCUCGUCAGAUCAAGCCUCCACCAGCACCAAGCAAAAGUGCUCAGCAGAGAAACAUCUGUACGCCACGUCAGGGCCAAGAGACGAGACCUUCUCCCUGGGAGGACCGAGCUACAUAACUGCCAGCAAGGCCUGCAGCGGCAGGACUCUGGGGCCCACUGUGUUGGAGUGUGAGUUGGAAAGCUCGAGAAGCUCCCAUCAGUCCCUGCUGGAGGGAAUUUCUGUGCCAGCACAGUCAAAUGAGGGUGGGUUCAGUAGAUCUAUGUAGCAUUAACUGCGCUUUU